GAUCGAGGCGCAGCAGAAUACAUGUAGCGCUGAGUCAUAUCGAGUUAAGGCACACUCUGAACUGACUUUUAAGGGCAUCCCGAGUAGUGCCGCCGCGCUCCAGCUGUUGCAUUUCGUGUAGGGCUACUGACAGAAUGCGGUUUCCAGAUGGCACGAUGGCCUCGACUGGAAUAAAUGCACACGACACCAAAGAUUGAUUUUGGUCCUCGGGGCCCACCACCACGAUUUCGGGGCCCUCCUCCGCCAGGCAUGAUGGGCCGUCGGGGUCCACCCCCAAUGAUGCGGCCCAUGAUGGGGCGGCCUCCUCCACCUGGUUACCGGCCACCUUUUGACCCGAGCUUCCCACCUCCGCCUAACAUGGGUCCACCACCACCAAUGGGUAUGGGACCACCACCAGGCAUGGGUGGGCCACCGCCGCCACCAAGCUUUCAGAAUGGUGGUGAGGCGUUUGGAGGCAUGCCACCCCCACGACCGCCCAUGAUGCCCCCACCAGGCUUUGGCAUGGGCCCUCCUCCACACCAGCAGCAGCACCCGCCACAGCAACCACCCCCGAUGAGUGGGCCCCCUCCUAUGGGGGGACCACCACCGGCCCUGGGACCACCCCCGGGUUUGCCACCACCAACGUCUAUGCAUGUGCCCCCUUCUGCAGGUGCCAUGCCACCCCCACAAGGGGCUCCUCCACCACAGCCACCUUGCCUCGACCUCUCUGGCGAGAUAUGGGUGGAGACAAAAAAUGCCCAAGGAAAGGCUUACUACUAUAACGCCCGCACUAGGGAGUCUGCCUGGAAUAAACCAGAGGGACCUGGUAUCAAAGUGCUAAGUCAAGAGCAGAUUGAGAGCAUGGCAGCUGCUGCAGGAGUUGCCCCUGGUGGAGCUCUCGUUACUAAUGCUGGGCCAGUGUCCACACUGCCAAUGGCAGCUGCGGCGGUUACAUCGGCCAACAGCACCAUGACACCAACUCAGGUGGUGACAAGUGGCAGUGCCGCACCAGCAUCACAGUCAAGUAUUCUUGCUGUUGCAGAGAAUCAGACCGACAAACCACCCACCAGCACCAUGCAAGGAGGGGAGCCCACUACGACAGCCACAGCUACCACUACAACUCUGACUCCCUCUGGGGCAACAGCAGCAGGUGGCAGCAGUGAUACACCUGCACAAAAUCAGCAGCAACAGCAGCCAUCCACACAACAGCCAUCGACCACACAGCAGCAGCAGCACCAGCAGCAGCAGCACCAGCAGCAGCAGCAGCAGCAGCCGCAGCAGCAGCCGCAGCAGCAGCAGCAGCAGCAGCAGCAGCCGCAGCAGCAGCAGCAGCAGCAGCAGCAGCAGCAGCACCAGCAGCACCAGCAGCAGCAGCAGCAGCAGCAGCAGCAGCAGCAGCCCACACAGCAAGAGCCUCCCAAAGGGGUGCCGCCUCCGAACCCUGGCUCUCUGUCGGCACUGGUUCAGCCACCUUUGGCUGUGCCUGCUCCAGCAUUUGGCUUGCCACCUCCAUUUGGGCUACCCCCACCACCAUUCGGAUUGCCCCCUGUUGCAGGGAUUGGGCCACCUGGAUUUCCCAACCUUGGCUUGCCACCACCGCCAUUUGGCCCACCACUUGGCUUGCCACCAUUUGUGGCCCCCGUCCCAGCUCCUGCAGCAUUGCCCAGCUUGCAGGCAGUUGUACCGGCACCUGCUGUGCCAGCAGCAGCAGUGGAUCCGGAGCUACGAGAACGAGCCAGCCAGUGGACAGAACAUAAGACAGCUGAUGGAAAGAGCUACUACCACAAUACACGCACGCAGCAGUCCACAUGGGACCGGCCAGAGGCCCUUGUUGAGCUAGACAAGGCUCUUGCAGCUGCUGGCACGGCGUCCGAUGGCAGUGGCUCUGGAAAUGCAGAUGCUGCUAAGUCUGGGCCCAACUCUGCAACUGGAGAGCCUCGAAGUGCAGCAGACUCUGCUGCUGCAGAUGCAACUCAGACAGACAAAUCCACUGGGUCUAAGGGUAUGGAAAGUGCACAGACUGCAGCUCCUGUGAAGCGACCACCAGCCAAACCUCAAGACAAGUCAAAGCCAGUAUCAAGCACACCUGUUCCAGGCACGCCAUGGUGUGUUGUGUGGACUGGAGAUAGUCGUGUGUUUUUCUUCAACCCAAGUACUCGCACGUCUGUGUGGGAGCGGCCUGCAGAAUUGAAGAAGCGGACUGAUGUGGACAAAAUGGUCCAAACGCCUCCAGUUCAACCUGAAGUAAAAGGGCAAGAUUCAUCUAAUAAGGAUGGAGAACCACCAGCAAAGAAGACAAAGCUUGAAGAAGGGGAAGAAGGUACAGCCGAGGGGACAGAAGCCCAGAAUGGUGCCACGGAGACCAAGGCAGAGGAGCCUGUAACGACAGCACUGCGAGCACAGGGUAAGGAGUCUGCUAUGGAGGCAGAACUGCGAGCAGCCAAGGAACGAGCCGCUAUUCCUCUGGAUGUGCGCAUGCAACGCUUCCGAGACAUGCUGGUUGAAAAGGAGGUGUCUGCAUUCUCAACUUGGGAGAAGGAGCUGCACAAGAUCGUAUUCGACAGCCGGUACUUGCUGUUGACAUCUAAGGAGCGCAAACAGGUAUUUGAAAAGUACGUGAAGGAGCGUGCAGAGGAGGAACGACGGGAGAAGCGGAACAAGAUGCGUGAACGCAAAGACCAGUUCCAGCAGCUGCUUGAGACAGCUGGCCUCAACAGCAAAUCAACAUUCAGUGACUUUGCACAAAAAUAUGGUAAGGAUGAGAGGUUCAAGAACAUAGAGAAGAUGCGGGAGCGAGAAAGCAUGUUCAACGACUAUGUCCAGGAGCUUCGAAAGCUGGAACGAGAAGAAAGAUUGAACCAGAGAGAAAAGAUGAAAAAAGAUUUUCUGGAGCUGCUUAAAGAACAGAAAAACUUGGACAAACACUCCCGUUGGGGUGAUGUCAAGAAGAGCAUGGCUGAAGAUGCUCGAUACCGAGCAGUGGAAAGCAGCUCCCAGCGAGAAGAGUGGUUCAAGGAGUAUGUGUCCAAGCUGAGCGCACCUCAUGGCCAUGAGGGUGAAGAUGAGAGCACACGUGAGCGAGAAAAGCAGGAGCGGAUUGAAGCAAGCCUGCGUGAGAGGGAAAAGGAGGUGCAACGGACACUGUCCACACACUUGCGUGAGCGGGACAAGGAACGCGAGCAGCACAAGCACGAUGAGGCUGUUCAGCAUUUUAAUGCCUUGCUCACAGACUUGGUCCGAAACCCAGAUGCAUCAUGGCGUGAAGCCAAGCGCACACUGCGUAAAGACCACCGCUGGGAUCUAGUGGAAUCACUGGAGCGAGAAGAACGUGAAAAGCUGUUCGCUGAGCACUUGGAGCAAUUACAGCGCAAGAAGAAAGACAAGUACCGGGAUCUGCUUGAUGAAACACCAGGCAUCACACUCAGCUCCACUUGGAAAGAGGUUAAAAAAAUGAUACGGGAUGACCCCAGAUACGCAAAGUUUUCAUCAAGUGAGCGCAAAUGCGAGAAGGAGUUCAAGGAAUACCUCAAGGAUAAAAUGGCUGCAGCUAAGUCUGAUUUUCGUGAGUUGCUGAAGGAAACCAAGACAAUAACAUACAAGUCCAAAAAGCAAAUUGAGGAGUCGGAGCAGCAUUUGUUAGAUAUCCAAAAGGUCCUUGAGAAGGACAAGCGGUACCUUGUGCUCAGCUGCAUUCCUGAUGAGCGGCGCAAGCUGUUGAUGGCAUAUGUGGAAGAUCUUGACCGUAGAGGACCACCACCUCCACCCACAGCAUCUGAGCCCACUCGGCGCUCCAACAAGUAGCUGCUUCUGCUGCCAUCUUUUAAUGCUGUCCACACCAAGCCUCAUUUUUUCCAUGCUUGCAUCUGAAGGUGCCUUUUAAUAAAGGACCUCUGUGGAGAGGGGCACUCCAAGCUCUA